AUGAACACCCGAAAACAAAAUGGUUUCAGCAGACCUUAUCACCCCUUUCAAAUAGCGACCUGAUUGAUGAGUCUUUUCUUAGUAGCUGUCGCAAUUCUGAUCACACUUAUCCUGGAAACUUCUUUGCAAAUUGUUUUUUCACUGCUAUUUUGGCCAGCUCAAAUAUUAUAUUGAAUUUUAGGAGUCUUACUCCCCCCAUCCUUGAUUGAACGAUUGACUGUAAAAAAAUUCCUAAAAAUUGGGAAAUUAACCCCCAUCCUUGAUCGAGCGAUUUUCAUAUCAUGCAAAUUUUUAUAUAUAUAAAAUAUAUAUGUUAUCAAAAGCUUGAGAAGAUGUGCCGAAUGAAGUUGUUUUCAGAGACUUUGAGGCGACAGAAAGCUACAGAAUCAACCAUUUAAAGUGCUUCAGUCAUCAUCCUGGGCUUAAAAACUCAAUAAUCUAAAAAAUAGAGAUUCUUUAAAAUUAAAAAAAAUAAAUUUUAAUUCAAUAAGGAACUAAAAUUAAUACAGUUUAAAGGGGGUACCAAUAAAUCAAAAUAUUAAAAAUUGGUAUAUGAAAUUAAUUCAAUUGCUGUAAAAAUAAUUAUUAAAUGCUCUUAACCCUCUUAUUUAAAAGUAUAUAAAAAUAUUUUUUUUAUUUUAUAUAUAAAGUUUUUUUUCCAAAAAAAAAUUUGUUUUAACCCCCAUCCUUGAUCGAAGAUGGCGAGCCGUUCGAUCAAGGAUGGGGGGGAGUUAGCUACUUGCUCAGACCCCACAGAUCCUUUGGUUUAUCAGCAAGAGUAUGCAAUAAAUAAUGGGUAAAUAAAACUUAGGCUAUCUUUUGAUGAAAGGAAUAGAGAAGCUGUAUGCACAAUUUGCUCAUUUUAUGUAGCUGGAAAUUCUAAACAUUGCGGAUAUUGCAAUCGCUGUGUCUCUGAUUUUGACCAUCAUUGUAAAUGACUUAAUAAUUGUAUAGGAGGAAAAAACUACAAGCUUUUCAUAUACCUUAUUGUAGUACUCGAAAUAAAUGGCUUGAUUUUUAUUAUUUUUGGUUUAUAUACGAUAAUUGAUCGAUAUUCCUAUCAAGAAACAAAAGAAAAAUGAAUAGAUAUUUAUGGAGAAACAGGUGAACAAGUCAUCGACGCUUUCAUCUUUUUCCAGACCUCUAUAAGUCUGGCUGUAUUUUUAGCGAAUGGAAAAUUAAUUAUUUUCCAUAUUUGGCUGAGGUCGAAUGGUAUGACAACUUAUGACUAUAUAUGCCAGAUGAGGAAAAAAAAUAAAAUAAUGAGUCACACAGAAGCGACUUCAGGCGAAAAAGCGGAUGUAAAUUCUAAUAGGUCGAAUGAAGAAAUCUCUCCUAGAAAUUAUAUACAUUAAAAUGGCUGCACGUGUCAACCUGCCCUCUUAGCGCAACAGUGCAGACCUUAUGGCCACGGCGAAAUGUGACGGACUUAGAGCUGAGAUUUAAGUGCAGGCUGAAGAUAUGUGCAUCCGGGUAGGUUUUGGCUGCUUUCCUGUGGUUGGAAAUGGAGGCGCUCAAUAUGUCCUUUUAGAAACGAUGACCCAUGGGCAUUCCUCUACCGAGAAACUCUGGAUUUCGGCCUAGGCCAUAGGAGAGUAGUCUUUUACUUGUAGCUGUCAAAGAAAGGCACUUCGGCAACCGACAGACUCUAAGGAGUUGAUUCUUAGAAUCGAGCUCGAACCGCCCGUAGCAGCGCCACAGAAAUCCAUAAUCACUCUAGAUUGAAGCCUCAAGUCAAGGAGGAGACAGAAGGUACUGAGAGUGGCAAUAUUAUUUGGGGAAUAAACCCUCUAAGCUGGAGUCUAAAAGCGGGUGAAACUCCGUACCAAAGAUCUUUGGUUACUGCGUCACCAAUAUCUAGCCUCUCUUAAUAACUAACCUUCCUAGAAAUCAUUACCCUGAAACGAAAACACUGAUUGGUACAUCUGAAGAGCUGAAAAUAGUAGAAGGUGCCACUAUGAGGCCUAGUGACACUGACUCAUUUGAAAACCAUAAGAAUUUGAGUGGAUAA